AUGGCUACUCCCCCACAAUCGACAAACCCUAAACCACUGAACCCACUUGCACCUCCCUUCGAACCGCCAAAAAUACCUGAAACUCAACCCAACUUGCUUCCAAAUUUCUUCGUCUUACCCAAUGAGACCUUUCAACAGCCCCUGCAGACUCCGGUAGAACAAGCGAUGACGCGUCGGCUUCUACACCUCCCUGUGGUGACUUAUCAUCCUACACCAGUUUGGUCAUCUUAUCAUUAUAAAGUUGAGAGUUAUGAUGCAUACUCGUUUCUGCAACGCGACUUUACACCAUAUCUCAUGACUGGUGUAGACGAAAAUGUUAGGUGUAAAACGGGGCCGCCGGAGGUGAAUGUUUCUGCAAACGAAUAUGGUUUUCUGGAGUGUAACGAGAACAGAAACACUGCUCAAAUAAAAAAAAGGUUCGUCUCCCGGUGGUGGAGGGGACCAAAAAAGGGUACUUCGACGAAGUGGGCACCUAAGCUUGGUUUGAAGAGUGAUGAUUGUGAUCUACAUAGCGUUCGAUCUCCACCCAGUGACCACGAUUUGCGGCUUGGUGGGAAAACGUCUUUGAUGAUAAAAAACAUUCCUAACCAGUUUCAGUUUCGCGCCAAUCUCGGAUAUGCUUUCGUCAAUUUUACGACUCCUGUUGCUGCAGUAAGGUUCUCUACAGCCUUCCACCAACAUGAAUGGCUGGGUCAGGUUCCUGGUGUUUCAAGGAAGAAAAUAUGUGAAAUAACCUGUGCUUUCAUCCAGGGGAAAGGAGCUUUGAAGAAUCAUUUCGAGCGCUCCAAGUUCCCGUGUCACACCAAUGGUUACUUGCCUGUUGUCCUGUCACCUCCACGUGACGGUUCAAAUCGUAGCAGGCCAACCCUUGUUGGCAGGCGUACAGGUGUUGCAGCACCGCCGCCUGUCAAUCGUAGAAAUUUUUUGUUGAGGAUGGCGAAAAAAGAACGUUCUGAUUAA